CGUGCCGCCGUCUGGAACCCCGCGUCCAGAGGCUGAGCCCUUCCCAGGCCUUGGCAAGGCCCCGCCGCCUCUCCUGCGCGGUUCUCGGCCUUGGCGCACUCCUUCUUCCUCUGAGAGCUUUCCCGGAAGGGCCUCUAACUUUAAGAAGGCAAACAUGGCAUCAACUGCCCAGCGAAAAAGGAUGAGUCCUAAACCGGAGCUUACUGAAGAGCAGAAACAGGAAAUUCGAGAAGCCUUUGAUCUCUUUGAUGCUGACGGAACUGGGACAAUUGAUGUUAAGGAACUUAAGGUGGCAAUGAGGGCACUGGGCUUUGAACCCAAGAAAGAAGAGAUCAAGAAAAUGAUAAGUGAAAUUGAUAAGGAAGGGACAGGAAAAAUGAACUUUAGCGACUUUUUGACUGUGAUGACUCAGAAAAUGUCUGAGAAAGAUACCAAAGAAGAAAUCCUGAAAGCUUUCAAGCUCUUCGAUGAUGAUGAAACCGGGAAGAUAUCGUUCAAAAAUCUAAAACGUGUGGCCAAGGAGUUGGGUGAAAACCUCACCGAUGAGGAACUGCAGGAAAUGAUUGAUGAGGCCGAUAGAGAUGGAGAUGGAGAAGUCAAUGAGCACGAGUUCCUGCGCAUCAUGAAGAAGACCAGCCUUUAUUAAGAUCAGUGUCAUCUGUUAUAACGCGAGCACGUAGAACUCGAUUUCGUGCCUGCUGUUGUCUGAAGCCUGGUUUUUGAGAACGUAAAUUAUUUUCCCCCACUGACCUCUCUGUAUGACUUUAGUACUAACUCUGAAUCUAUUUUCAACUUUUGAAAGUGUUCUUUGAAACUGAGGUUCUUUGCAAGGUGACCUACUGACUGCUUUAAUUCCCCAGGACAGCACGAGAGCACGUUAGAGUGGAGAAGAGGGUCUUUGAGCUUUUGCACACCUGCUGUUCUGCCUUGUGUCGCUUAACUCUUGUCCCGCAUUCCCACAUUUAUGCCACCGCAGAGCAACUUCUUCACAGGCACACGUUGUACUUGUGUCACCACAAGCAGGGGGCAUCUCUUCAAUGGUUCCAAUUUUAAUUGGCACCUGAGUGCAGCUUUCUCUCUCUCUCUUUUUUUGCGGUACGCGGGCCUCUCACUGCUGUGGCCUCUCCCGUUGCGGAGCACAGGCUCCGGACGCGCAGGCUCAGCAGCCAUGGCUCACGGGCCCAGCCGCUCCGCGGCAUGUGGGAUCUUCCUGGACCAGGGCACGAACCCGUGUCCCCUGCAUCGGCAGGCGGACUCUCAACCACUGCGCCACCAGGGAAGCCUGCAGCUUUCUCUUUUAUAAAACCCAGUGAACUCUCUUACUUGCAUUUGGAUGUGUGUGUGUGUGUGUGUGUGUGCACACGCGCGCUAUUUGUUUUGUCUUCAAAUAAAACCUUUCUUAUUUUGA